AGAUGUUUCACGUUCUUGGUUUACAACUCUUGGUCGAUAGAUCAAAUUGUUGACGUAUUUUCGUGACAGUAGUGACUGUCAGUGACUGUUAAGUGUCACGGUCAACGAAGUUAUUGUAUUUGUAGGUAUGGUUACGAUGGGCGAACCCCUCACUUUAGCAAAUGAUGUUAAGAGGUCCAUUGAAUUAUUAGACAAAUUACAGAAAGGUGGAGAAAUACCUGCCACAAAAUUAGCUGCCUUACAAAAAGUUUUACAAAGUGAUUUUUUGAGCGCUGUUCGCGAAGUAUACGAACAUGUAUAUGAAACUGUAGAUAUUCAGGGUUCUCAAGAUGUUCGUGCAUCGGCUACUGCUAAAGCAACGGUUGCUGCUUUUGCGGCAAGCGAAGGUCACGCACAUCCACGGGUAGUUGAAUUACCAAAAACCGAAGAAGGUCUUGGUUUUAAUGUGAUGGGAGGCAAGGAACAAAACUCGCCAAUUUAUAUUUCACGAAUUAUCCCUGGAGGUGUUGCCGAUCGACAUGGAGGCUUGAAACGCGGUGAUCAGCUUCUUUCAGUGAACGGAGUCUGUGUUGAAGGAGAAAAUCAUGAAAAGGCAGUAGAAUUACUAAAACAAGCACAAAAUUCUGUGAAACUGGUUGUACGAUACACUCCACGUGUCUUGGAAGAAAUGGAAUUGCGAUUUGACAAGCAAAGAGCAGCGCGUAGGCGUCAACACAUGCAAUAAAAGGAAAAUAUAUUUAUUUCAAUUGUACUUUUAUCAGUGAUUGUACGACACACAUAUUAAUACCGUUUUUAUUAUUAUCUCUUUUUUCAUGAUUCAUAAUCACAAGAAACUUCGAUUAAAUAAGGAAAUUUAUAAGACUUAAAUUUCAUAAUAUUUUACUGCUGUUCUAACUGUUUCUGCGUUUUAUGUUUCAAAAGAUAUGUAUGGAUGUUAUACAGUUUUGAGAAAUAAAAUUACACAAUAAGCCCUUAAAA